GUACAGAUAUAUCCGUACAGAUAAAUUAUACGUGUGUAGAUUAAUACGAGGUAGUUUUUAGGGGGUUUCAUCGUUUCCGCCAGACCUUUUUAUAUUAGGAGAUACGUUGUUCCGCCAGAACAGGUAGUCUAAACCAGGGCACCAAAACGUUUUUAUAACGUUUAUGAGUUGAGCAAGGACUUUCAUGAAUUUGCAUAUAUUUUCUGGUUAACUUUAUCGUAUGCUUGUACGCGUUGGGACACCGUAGCGUCUACACAUUAUUUCGCCAACAGUUUCUAAUAGCUCUCGAUAGCAGUAAUAAAACAAAACACUGAUAGCGGCAAAUCGGUAAUGUAUACAUUUUAAUUGAAUAAAAAGUACACUAACACACGACUACAAAGCUGUAAAUCGCCAUACGCGAGCGAAAGCCCGUUAAUAUACAAUUUAAUAUAAAAUAAAAUAACAACAUAAUACCAAAAUGAAUUCAAAUGGAAACUCUUCCAACAAAGAUAUAACUCAAACAAACAUUUCAAAAAAUCAAACAGUCCCUUCACUCCUUAUAAAAAAAAACCGAUUAUUUCUAAAUAAUGAAGAUCCAAAAUCUCCGUCACCGAAAUCUGACAAUAAGUUGAGAUCGCUAAGAAAAACCUCCAAAGAACAAAACUUGACAAAUAAAAACACAUUUUUCUCAACACAAAAUCGUUACUCUCCUCUCGAAUUAAUUGAAACAAUUCAAAGUGAAAUUCCUUCAAAUACAAAUACAGCACAAGCCGAAGUUAUAAAUGAUAAUUUAAAUAACUACAUUAUUCAAUCGCAAUUAGCUGAAAAUAAUCCAAAAAUAUCACCAAUAUUUGUAAUAAAUAUAAAUCUAUCAGAAUUUGAACAGUUCCGCCGAGAGAUAUCUGAAAAUAUUCAAAAUAACUUCAGCAUAGUAGCUAAAUUAAACAAAAUAAAAGUUAACCUACAAACAAUGGAUGAUUUCCGAUCGGUCACUAAAUAUCUAGAUAAAAAUAACUAUGAUUAUAUUACCUACAGAUUAUAAGACGAAAAAGACAUUUCAGCAGAUAUAAGAAAUCUACCCAUAUCUAUUAUAGAAUCGGAAGUAAUGGAGGAAUAAAAAAUCUAAAACUUCCUAUACAGUCAGUUAUAAAACUGACAAAUAAAAAUAAAACACUAAACUCCAAUCCCGUUACGUGAAAUGUAAUGGCUUACACUACUUUUCUCAAUACGAUAAAAUACCAGAAACUCUACUUAACUGCGUAAACAGCAACGGAACAUCCCCGGCAAAAUAUAAAGAAUGUAAAUACCUCAAAAUAUAAAAAAUAAAAAAAUGAAUCAAUCCCCAUAAACCUCCAAUAUCCGAAAAUGAGUCAAUAGUUAAUUCAUCAAGAAAUAUAAUUGUUAUAAAUUCCUCAGAAAAGAAAAUGCCAAAUAUAACCUCAUUUGCGGACAUAAUUAAAAGGAAAACUAAUUUCACUCAAGCCACGCAAAAAAUUUUUAGACAAUGUAUUGUAAUGGUAAGCACAAUUAUGCUGCAUAAUCAUCAAUAUUUAAAAUUUAAAAUCAUAAUAAAAUUCAAAAUAAUAACCAUAUUCUAUAUUUAACAAA